UCAAAAUAACGUCCCUUCCCUCUUGCCUUGAUCUCUUUGCCCACCUUUUCCUACGGUCCUGCCCAUUGUUCAAUCAUUUUUUCCCUACGCCGAAUCAUCGCUUCACUCUUUCAGCGGUAUUCGCACUUACGCUCUUUCCUACUUGUGUCUCUCGUUCCCCAUCUACUCACCUGCGAAACGCCGGUGCUCUCUUAGCGACUGCAUUCUUUAAUCGCAGCUAUCGCACACUGAGCACUUUGCACGCCAUCGAUACGCCUUAACGACCACACAACCUAAACCCAAAACCAAACUAAACCAAAUCAAAUCACAAUGAUGAACAUCAACCUAUUCAAGCGCGACGAGGACGACAGCCUCAGCGACACCCACCUGACGCUCCUCAUCACCCUCGUCAUGCUGGCCUUGCUCGGCGUAGCAAGCAUCACAGGCCUGCUCUUCCUACGGAGCCUCCGUCGUGCAAGGAAAAUGGAACAAGCCACCUCAGAACUCCCCGUCUACGAGAAGCGUCAAUCAAACAUCAACCACUUGACCAUCACCGCCAUGCCAUACAAAGGCCGCGAGUCCGUCAUUACCUACUCAGAAAAGCAAACCCUCAUGGAUAGCCCCACCAGCCCAGUGCCCGAGAUCCGCAUUACCUUCCCCGAUGAGGUUGACGAGUCGGGCAAGCAGCACUCUGGCCGUGUCGUUGUCGUUCGUGUUGGAGACCACAGCGUUGGCCUCGAGCCUCUGCGCGAGGACCUACCAGCCUACCAGCAGGACGCAUCAGACCGCUUCGAUUCCCUCGACUUGGAUCGUAUGGGCGGCCUGAAGGAGAAGGACGACAAGUAUUACUCAUAAUCUUGACUCCAACCUUAAACGAUAAUUACCCGACCAGGCCAUCGCCCUCGAACAGGUCUGGCAGCCCGGGCCCUCAAGCCACUUGGCUAUGACCGACUUGACUUUGAUGACGGCUAUACCGCGCUGAAUGCCAGCUUCU